AUGGCUAGCCAUCAGCCGACGCCUUCAGCGACCGAGGCCGGUGAGAGCGACCAUCCCUCUGCGCCGUUGUCAGCCGUGCCUCGUCGCGUACAAGAGCUCAAAACCAACUCUCACAAAAGACUCAAGGCUCGCUCCAAGGGAGCUGCGCCCAAAGACGUCCAUCGAAGCCUGAAUCGGCGCUGGCGCGAACAAGUCAUCUCCAACCUCGAUGCCGGCGAAUCCUUCAGCAACCACGUCGCCAUCCUCAAGAUUCUUCGCCGCAUACCCGAGCUCAGGGACCACGUACCUCAUCUUGUCAGCAACGAUCCCGUUACUCAAACCUACGUCGUCCGAUACCCGUGCCGCGACUUGAUCCCCUUCGAGAGGGAAGUACGCCUCUUGGGACUCUCCUACAGGAAAAUACAAAACAUCAAAAGCCAGCUCUACCGAUCUGUCAUGGCAAUGUACACCAACGGGGUGAGAUACAACAUCUACCCCCAACACCUUUAUUUGUACGGUCCCGCCUCUUGGGACCUCACUCGUUUGCUAUUUCUUGGAUCAGUGACGAGUUCCGAUCUUCUCGACGUGGGGGGGCUGGAUUGGAACAAGGAGAGAGAUCGCGUGUGCGAUCAAAUCGACCGUACUUUCGCGCCCCUCGAGAUCUGGACCUUUCAAGAAGAAGCUGCCGACUUGGCCAAACAUGCUAGAACAGAGAUGGAUCAGGCAAUGUCUGUUAUCAACGAGAAAAACGCCGUCAUCGACUCAGCGAAAGCAGACUUGACAGAAGCACAGGCUAUCAUGGCGGAAGCAUAUCAAAUGAUUAAGGAUGCUCGUGCUACAUUGGAUGGGGUCAAGGCCGUCUCCAAAAAUAUAUAUACGUCCGUUACAAGGCCUCAAAGUCUCUGGGAUGACGCCCAUAUAGCAAAGGAAUAUGCGGAAACCAGCCGGAGAAAGAUGGCUGUUCUCAACGACAGAGCAAACGCCCUCAUCCAAAAGUAUGGUAAUCCAAAGCUGCCUAAUGAAGUUGGUGCAGAGGAUGCCGUUUCGCAUUCUGAUAUCAAGACAGAGGAAAAUGCGAAGGUGAAGAACCGCAUACCAACUAUUGAUGGUAUCAGAGCGAUGGAGGAACCCACUAUACAACGUAGAUCUGCGGCUAUUGAAGCUAACCUCAGAGAAGACGGCAGUAUUGGGACGUGA